AUGGAAAGCCCAUCCUAUGCACCAAUGAUGAUGCGCCCGAGCAGUUUCUAUAAUACCAUUGGACAUUUACCUCAAAUCUCACCCGUCCCAGGCUGUGCAUUACCGUCUCAAUUUAUGUGCCUACAGCAGCCAACCGUUAAGCUUCAUCAUUCACCAGCCAAAUCGGAACCAAUAGUGACAAGAAAAAAAAUAUCAGUGAAGCGACGAAUGGCUGCCAAUGACAGAGAGCGAAAACGCAUGAAGAGUAUCAAUCGUGGAUUUGAACAUUUACGACAUCAUCUCCCGGAAACGCCGUUUGAGAAGAAGCUAUCUAAGGUUGAUACACUUCGAGAAGCCAUCACCUACAUUCAAGCACUCCACGAACUUUUGGAAGCGCAUCAACCACUUGAGCCCUAUGCUCCGCCAACUUUUAAAUUAAUGCAUUAUGAACAAAACACAGGCCGGCCCACCUUUGUUGAAGUCAGCUGGAAAAGAACUGGUGAUAUCUACAGUAGAACAUUUCCAUCCCCUACUGGAUAUACCGCUCGUCAAAAAUCGGUGUGGAUCCCCGACCAUGGCACCCCAGACUCUAACCCAUUUGAGGAAAAACCAACAAAUAAU